CGCUUAACCCUCAUCAAACUUCCUCCACAGAGCAGCAGGAUGCACACAGGACUCUGAGCUCCUUCAGUUUCAAACAAUCGGCUGUUUCACCUCAAAUCAGAUCUCUGAUUUUCCUGGAUCCAAGAAAAAAAGACUUGUCAGAAUACUGACUGAAGAUGAUGACUGAGAUUCAAGAGGACGACAGAGCAGACUGUCUGUCGGUUCAGAGUGACCAGUCCAAUGAUAUUCCACCAAACUUCAGGGCUGAACCUGGACCUUCAACCACAAAGGAGAAGAAGAGCAGUGCAGGACUGUCCUGCUGUGCCUCGUGUCAGAACGUCCUGAAGGAUCCAGUCUCUUGGAACUGUGGACACCAGGUCUGCAGACAGCGCAGCAGCUCACACUGGAACCAGGGUUCUUCAUCAGGAGCCUCCUGCUGUCCUGACUGCAGCACAUUAACUACCCCGGAUGUGGGACUGCAGCAGCUUCUAGAAGAACAUAAGAAGAGUCUGAGGAGGAGAUGUGAACGUGUGACUGAAGGAAGUGAUGAAGCAGGAGGAGGAAGCCUCCUCAACAGGAUCUACACUGAGCUCCACAUCACAGAGGGACUCAGUGAGGAGCUUCAGAGGGAACCUGAGCUGAAGCAGCUGGAGACAGCUUCCAGGAAGGAGAGCCUCCAUCACACUGCCAUCAGGGUUCAGGACAUCUUCAAAGCCUCGGCCCAGCAGCUCAGACACAUCCGAGUGGUUGUGACCAGCGGCGUGGCCGGCAGCGGAAAAACCUUCUCGGUGCACAAGUUCACUCUGGACUGGGCCGAGGGCCUGGAGAACCAGGAUGUUAGUGUGCUGGUUGUUCUCUCCUUCAGGGAGCUGAACCUGAUCAGAGAGCGGCCGUACAGUCUUCUCACGCUGCUCCAUGUUUUCCAUCCGGCGCUCCAGAAGGUGACGGCAGAGGAGCUGGCUGUCUGCAAGCUGCUGUUCAUCUUUGACGGUCUGGAUGAAAGCAGACUUUCUCUGGACUUCGGCAGCAAACAGCGGCUGGUUGACGUCUCCCAGCAGUCUUCAGUCAGCGUGCUGCUCACGAACCUCAUCCGGGGGGAUCUGCUGCCCUCGGCUCGGGUCUGGAUCACUUCCAGACCUGCAGCGGCCAAUCAGAUCCCUCCAUCAUGUGUGGACAGACUGACAGAAGUGCGAGGCUUCACUGAUGCCCAGAAGGAGGAGUACUUCAGGAGGAGGCUGAGUGAUGAGGAGCUGAGCAGCAGAAUCAUUUCCCACAUCCAGACAUCCAGGAGCCUCCACAUCAUGUGUGGAAUCCCAGUCUUCUGCUGGAUCACUGCUGCAGUUCUGGAGCACAUGUUGAGCACCAAGCAGGGAGGAGAGCUGCCCCAGACCCUGACUGACAUGUACUCCCACUUUGUGCUGGUUCAGACACACAGGAAGAAGCUCAAGUACCAUGAAGGACCUGAGACGGGUCCACAGGAGCUGACGGAGGCUGACAGGAAGCUUCUCCUGAAGGUGGGCAGGAUGGCCUUUGAACAUCUGGAGAAAGGAAACAUCCUGUUCUACCAAGAAGACCUGGAGCAGUGUGGUCUGGAUGUGACUGAGGCCUCGCUGUUCUCUGGAGUUUGUACUCAGAUCUUCAAAAGAGAGUCUGUGAUCUUCCAGAAAGCCGUCUACAGCUUCGUCCAUCUGAGUGUUCAGGAGUUUCUGGCUGCAGUCUUCAUGUUCCACUGUUUCACCAACAGGAAGACAAACGAACUGAAGACCUUCCUGAGACAGAAAAAGACUUUUCGUGAUAAACUGUUGAAGUUGUUCAGAAAGGGUGAUGGUGAUGAUGCUCUCUCAUCUAUGGAUGAGUUCCUGAAGAAAGUCCUGCAGAAAUCCUUCAGAAGUCAGAACGGCCACCUGGACCUGUUUGUUCGCUUCCUUCAUGGCCUCUCUCUGAAAUCCAACCAGAUACUCUUAGAAGGUCUGCUGGGUCGGACAGAGAUCAGUCCAGGAACCAUCCAGAAAGUCAUCCAGAACCUGAAGGAGAUCAACAGUGAUGAAACGUCUCCUGACAGAAGCAUCAACAUUUUCCACUGUCUGAUGGAGAUGAAGGACCUCUCAGUACAUCAGGACAUCCAGAAGUUCCUGAAGUCAGAGAACAGAUCAGAGAAACUCUCUGAGAUCCACUGCUCAGCUCUGGCCUAUAUGCUGCAGAUGUCAGACCAGGUCCUGGAGGAGUUGGACCUGAUGGAGUACAAGACAUCAGAGGAGGGACGACGGAGACUGAUCCCAGCUGUGAGGAACUGCAGGAAGGCUGAUCUUACAGGCUGUGGACUCUCUGAUUCUCACAAUGAAGUGAUCUCCUCAGCUCUGAAGUCUGACCCCUCCCAUCUGAAACAUCUGGACCUGAGUUUCAACGAGCUUCAGGAUUCAUCAGUGAAGAUUCUGUGUUCUGGACUGGAGAGUCCAAACUGUAACCUGGAGGCUCUGAGUUUGUUUGGCUGCAGUUUGUCAGAGAUCAGCUGUUCUUCUCUGAUCUCAGUUUUGAAGUCCAACCCCUCCCUCCUGAAACAUCUGAAAUAUCUGGUCCUGAGUGAGAACCAGCUGCAUGAUUCAGGAGUUGAGCAGCUGUGUGGUUUUCUGGAGAGUCCACUCUGCAGUCUGGAGAAUCUGUGGUUGGAUAACUGCAGUUUGUCAAAGAUCAGCUGUUCUUCUCUGGCCUCAGCUCUGAAGUCCAACCCCUCCCACCUGACGUGGCUCGACCUGACUCGGAACCAGCUGCAGGAUCCAGAUGUGCAGCAGCUGGUUGAUCUUCAGCAGAGUCCAGACUGCAGCCUGCAGACUCUGAGGUGGAACUGAGAGCAGAGAGGAAGCUGUGUGUCCUGAAGAUCUACUGAGGAGAGCAGAGCUUCAUCCAGACUCUGUAACCUUCAGAGAGUGAACUGGUCUGUGUGGAGUUUCUCAGCUUCUGUAAAGUGGACCAGGAGCUGGUCAACACUCCAUCAAGCUGUUCACCACCUUCACCUCCGUCAGCUGAGGAUUUGUCCACAGCACAGAGAGUGAGCUGCAUGAACAGAGACACUUCCUGUUCCAGUCGGCUCUGACUGUGUCUUGAAAGUGAAAUGAAUCCUCUGCUCCCCCAAUCCUGUCAGGACUCUGUCAACGUGGGCGGCGUCAAAUCCUUCCAGCUGAAAGUCCACAUCUUUAGUGAGCCUCUCAAAGCAACAGAUACUGGCUCGUUGAACAUCAAACAUGAACUUCAUUCAUGUCAACUUUUUGCCUUUACGUCAAUAUAUAUAUAUAUAUAUAUAUAUAUGUGUGUGUGUGUGUGUGUGUGUGUGUGUGUGUGUGUGUGUGUGUGUGUGUGUGUGUGUGUGUGUGUGUGUGUGUGUGUGUAUUUUUUGUCUUUUGAUGAACUUAAAGGUCCAUGUUCCUCUUUUGUUCUGCAAUUUGCAAUCCUCAAGAGUCUUCAGCAAUCCUCAGUUAGCCUCUUAAUCCUGGAACAACAGGAAUCUUCAAACCUGCCCCGACUGAGAGAAUACACACUUGAAGACAACAAAAGACAGAUCGCACAAGAUCUUCCUCUUCUGAUCUUACAGUGUGUGGUGUGUUCCAGAGUGCUGAUGUUAGCAGCUGGGAAAUAACGCUCAGUUCCUGCUACAACAUCUGGGAAUAAAUGGGUUAUUCUGCAGAAUGUUUUGAACAAACCUCUUAGAGGGGCUGAAGAAUAUUGCUGUUUUUCACAAAGAUUCUUUCUUUGUGUUUUUGUCCCGACUUGUUUUGGUUUGAGGUUACUAGAACUUAUUUGGGUCUUCUUGUUUUCUUUUCAUCUGUCUUUAAAUGAGCUAUAUUG